AUGCUCCUUGCUCGAAAUUUUUAUUCUGUUUGUGCUCUGACAUAUGGAAGACAAUUUAGUUCAAUAACAUCCAAUGUGAGGGCUGUUUGCAUAAUUGGUUCUGGUACGAUGGGUUCAGGGAUAGCGCAGGUUGCAGCCCAAGCAUCAAUAAUGGUGAUAUUAGUGGAUAAGGAGGACGCUAAUUUACAUAAAUCAAAACAAAGUAUCCAGAUUAAGUUGAACCGAAUAACUAAAAAUCUUUUUAAAGAAGAUGUGAAAACACAAAGAGCUGUGGUCGAAGAUACUAUGAAAAAUAUUACGAUCACAAGGAAUCUUGAACAAGGUGUCAGAAAGGCAGAUUUGGUACUUGAAACGAUAGUUGAAAAUUUAUCAGCCAAGCAGAAAUUAUUUGCGGAGAUUGAAGCAGCUAUUACAAGACCAACACUUCUCGCAACCAACACAUCAUCAUUGAGAUUAAAAGAAGUGGGAAGAAACUUGAGAAAUAAAUCAAAUUUUGGUGGUUUACACUUCUUCAAUCCUGUGCCAGUAAUGAAACUGUGCGAGGUAAUACGAGUAGCAGAAACAUCAGAUGAAACUUUCAGUGCUCUUCAGGCAUUUGGAAAAGCAAUCGGCAAAACAACUGUUGCAUGCAAGGAUACUCCUGGUUUCAUUGUAAACAGACUACUGAUUCCCUAUUUGAUAGAUGCAAUUAGAAUGGCUGAAAGAGGUGACGCAACACCAGAAGAUAUUGAUAAAGCCAUGAAGUUAGGAGCUGGUUAUCCCAUGGGACCAUUUGAAUUGUUAGAUCUUAUCGGACUGGAUACUACGAAAUCUGUCCUUGAUGGAUGGCAUAAGUCACACACAGAUGAGAAAUGGUUCGAGCCAAGUCCUUUACUUGACAAGCUAGUGGCUGAGGGUAAGAUAGGAAGAAAGAGUGGAGAAGGAUUCUAUUCGUAUAAGUAG